CAUGCCCUUGGUACCGUGUGUGGGUGUACCAGGGAGCAGCAGCCAGUGUGGUAGGAGCUGUGGUGGAGAGCGGACAACCAGCCACCUGGAGCCGUCACCGCGCCUGCAGCUUACAUUACCUGCCACGCCGCCACCAUGAGCACCACCCUGCAACAAGUGGGACCCUCCGCCAACGAUGCAACCACAGCAGAAAUGCACAAGAAAUUAUCAGAUGAACAGCUGGAGACACUAAUUGAUGCCAGCCUAGAAGGGAGGAAGAACUCCUACAGUCCCUAUAGCAAAUUCAAAGUGGGUGCUGCCCUCCUCACCGAUGAUGGAAAGAUCAUCACAGGUUGCAAUGUAGAGAACAUAUCUUAUGGCCUCACCAACUGCGCAGAGAGAACAGCCCUGUUCAGAGCCAUAGUGGAGGGUCACCGCAAGUUUGAAGCCAUAGCCAUCACAGCAGAGAUGGGUGACAAAUUUGUGGGGCCAUGUGGCGCAUGUAGGCAGGUACUGGCAGAGUUUGGACUAGACUGGGAAGUGUACCUUGCCAAGCCUGACAAACAGUACAUGAAGACCACAGUGGGCAAACUUUUGCCAGACAGUUUCACCCCUGAUUGGGUCAGUUUUAGUAGCUCUUCAUGAGCUAAGACCUGCUCAAAGCCAAAUGUACUGAUGCCUCUUAACUAAAACAUGUUUAUACUGUACUAACAUUGUGUGAAGUAUUACCAAUCUCCAGACACUUGUCAUACACCUUGCACAUAUAAAAGUAUAUGUAUCCAGAAUUGCAGAUUAGUAGUUAGUGGUGAGAAUUUCUCUAUGCAUUCAACUCUUUAAACAUUAUUGUAACACUUGUCUGAAGCAUUGGAUAUAAUAAAAUCAGUUUUGAA